AUGUCCCUCGAGCAACACAACUCCAAGGAGGACACCAAGCACGAUGAGCACACGGCGGUGGACGUGGGCGACGAGCGGGCCUAUGCCCUGCGCAUGGCGCGCGCCGCCGACCCGGGCCCGGGAUGGGCAAGCCUCGCAUCCUUCCGCUACCUCUUCAUCGCGUUCGUCGCCUGUUCGGUUUCGGGCGACGUUGGAUUUGACGGCACCAUUAUCAGUUCGGUCAACUCCAUGACCCAGUUCCAAGAGUACUUCAACCUUGGCGUCGGCGGUGCAUCUGGCCAAGGUCUUGUUUUCGGUAUCUACACUGUCGGUUCGGUUGUCGGCUUCUUCCCUGGUAUCAUCAUCCCCGACAAGUUUGGCCGGCGCUGGGCUCAGUUCAUCGCCGACCUGCUCAUCAUCAUCGGUUCGCUCGUCAAUGGCUUCGCGUCGAACAUGGGCAUGCUCCUCGCCGGUCGCUUCCUCGUCGGUCUCGGCUCAACGAUGGGCGGCACUGCGGCCAAGGCAUACCUCGCUGAGAUUUCGUCUCCCUGGAAUCGUGGCUUCGCGCUUGGUGUCCAGAACUCGUUCUGGUACGUCGGCAACAUUCUUGCCUCGGGCGUGGCCAUUCCUUUCGGCCGUCUCGCCCUCGGUAACAACUGGAGCUGGCGCGUUCCCUUCCUCCUGCAGAUGAUGCUCGCGCUCAUCAACUUCUUCUUCAUCAUGCUGUGCCCCGAGUCCCCGCGCUGGCUAUACUCGCGUGGAAAGAAGGAGGAGGCGGCGCUCAUUCUCGCCAAGCUCCACUCGCGUGACAACGACGUUCAGUCCCCUCUGGUCCAGCUGCAGCUCGCCGAGUUUGAGGAGAGCAUCUCGCUCGAGGGCGCCGACAAGCGGUGGUGGGACUUCCGCCCGAUCUUCACUACCGCCGCCGACCGCUACCGUUUCGGCAUGUGCAUUAUUGUCGCGUGCUGGGGUCAGCUCAGUGGCAACGGCAUGGUCUCGUACUUCCUCCCCACGCUCCUCAAGCAGGCUGGUAUCACGUCGACCGACCGUCAGCGCGUGCUCAACUUUGCCUCCUCUAUCGUCAACAUGGCCGGCGCUAUGACUGGUGCCGCCGUCAUUGACCACAUCGGCCGCCGGCCGCUCAUGCUCGGCGCUGAGAUCUGGGCGGUGCUGUGUUUCGCCAUUGUCACAGGCCUCGUGCCACACAAGAUCGCCAAGGACGGCACCGUCCUCGACCCCCCGCCUCCUAUCCGCGCCAAUGCCGGUAUCACCUUUAUCAUGCUGUGGAGCGUCUUCUUCUCCUUCGGCUGGACGCCGCUGCAGGGCCUCUACCCGACCGAAGUUCUCGCGUACGAGGUGCGCGCCAAGGGCCUGGCGCUGCAGUCGUGGUUUGCCAACGUCUUCUCUCUCAUCAACACCUUUGGUAUUCCCUCGGCGCUCGAGGCCAUCAACUGGAAGCUCUACCUCGUGUUCAUGGCCUGGGACAUUGUUGGCUGCGUCGUCAUCUACCUCUGGGUUGUUGAGACCAAGCAGCUCUCGCUUGAGGAGAUGGACGACGUGUUCGGUGCCAAGAACCCUGUGCGUAAGAGUAAGGAGCUCACCCGCGAGGCCAAGCGUCGUCUCCGCGAGGAGCGUGCACACCGUGUCGCCCAGGCGUAGGUGGAUGCACCGUGGCAGCAACAUGCGGUCAUCAACACCGCACAACGCAUGGAGGAGAAGUAGCGUGGGCUAUGCCGAGCAAAGACAACGGGGGAAAACAACAAGGACUUGGGGCUGGGCGAGCGGCGGCUCGCAGUGUGGGGUCGAGACAGAUUUGUAGUGUAU